AACCGCUCUGGGAGCAGCGGCUUACGGUGCAGACAUGGCCAAGUCCAAGAACCAUACCACGUACAACCAAUCCCGAAAAUGGCACAGAAAUGGAAUCAAGAAACCCCGAUCACAGAGAUAUGAAUCUCUUAAGGGGGUAGACCCCAAGUUCUUGAGAAAUAUGCGUUUUGCCAAGAAGCACAACAAGAAGGGCCUGAAAAAGAUGCAGGCAAACAACGCCAAGGCCAUGAGUGCACGUGCUAAGGCUGUCAAGGCCCUGGUAAAGCCUAAGGAGGUUAAGCCCAAGAUGCCAAAGGGUGCCAGCUGCAAACUUGAUCGCCUUGCCUUGCUUGCCCAUCCCAAGCAUGGGAAGCAUGCUCGUGCCCACAUGGCCAGGGAACGCAGGCUCUGUCGGCCAAAGGCCAAAGCCCAAGCCAAGACCCUGGCUACAACUCCAGCUCCAGUAUCAGCAUCAGCUCCGGCUCCCGCCCCCAAGGGUGCCCAGGUCCCUGCAAAGGCUCCUUAAUAAAAACCUCUGUGA